CCUUUUAUUAGUAUAUCUAGCUCCCAUACUCUUGUUUGCUCUACACAUCCAUGGAAAAAAUAUCUUCUCGAUGGAACAAACUAGCGAGGAAAACAAUCGGAAAAUGGAAAAACAGUUUUCUAAUUUAGAGGGCCAUGAAAAGAAGGUGUUCAACAUCAAACCCGCUAAUAACGCCCACAUUCGAUUCUCUUACUACCUUCCUAAGGGGAAAAAUCCUUCGACUUCCACUGGCAAGAAGAAAAAGGAACCCGAGUAUUUUCUUAAUUUUGUUUUUAACAAUAAUCGAAAACCCAAAAAAUCGCUGGAUCGAAAAACCCUCUCCAAUAAACUGAAAAUGCGACGAACUGGUAGGCGAUUUCUGCCCAAUGGAAUGCCCAAUCCUUAUAAAUAUUUUCCGCUAAAAGGCGAGGAUAUGUAGAUAUAAAAAUCACUAUCUAUUGUUUGGUUUACUUUCUCAACUAGCCCGGAAUGUUUACUCACUGAUAAUAUAAAUAACUUUAUACUGCUUAUUCAUUCACAAAAAAAUAAGCCGAUAAACAGAUGGAUAGGAACAAUUUCACAGCUAUUAAAAAAUUUGGGAAUCAUAAUUUGUUAUCAAUACAUUUUAGCGAUUAAAAAAAAAAUUAAACUAAGACUGGAACUUCAACUGUUGAAGGGGAACUUUAUGAGAAAUACAAAUUGUACGAUUUUUCAUUAACUAUAUAUGCACUUAAAACAUAAUUGAGGUAUUUAAUCAAACACCGGACACUUUUCAGAUAAUGGCCAAGACCUAGGAGUCAUAAAAUUCCUUAUCUUGUAUUAUUUUGGGU